GGGGCGCGCCGGGCGCGGGUUGAAGAGGCGGCGGGGCGGUGCGCGGGCGGCAGUGCGGGACAGAGCGGGGACAGAGCGGGGACAGCGGGACAGAGCGGAGAGCGCUCCCCACCCGGCCCGCAGACAUGGCCAGCGGAGGGCUGCAGCUCCUGGGCUUCGUCAUGGCCUUCCUCGGCUGGAUCGGCAUCAUCAUCAGCACCGCCAUGCCCCAGUGGAAGAUGGCAUCCUACGCGGGGGACAACAUCGUCACGGCCCAGGCGCUCUACGAGGGGCUGUGGAUGUCGUGCGCCAUGCAGAGCACGGGGCAGAUCCAGUGCAAGGUGUACGACUCGCUGCUCAAGCUGGAGAGCAGUCUGCAGGCCACAAGGGCUUUGAUGGUGGCUUCAAUCCUCCUGGGGCUGGUUGGAGUGUUUGUUGCUGUGACAGGCAUGAAAUGCAUGAAGUGCAUGGAAGAUGACCAGGUGAAGAAGAUGAGGAUGGCUGUCUUCGGUGGGGUGAUCUUCAUCAUUUCAGGUCUGGCAGCGCUGGUGGCCACGUCGUGGUAUGGCAACAGAGUGGCUCGGGCCUUUUAUGACCCUUUCACCCCUGUCAACACCAGAUUUGAGUUUGGGUCAGCUCUCUUUAUUGGCUGGGCAGCUUCAUCUCUGGCCAUACUGGGGGGAUCCUUCCUCUGCUGUUCCUGUCCACGGAGAGAAACUUCAUAUCCACCCACCCGAGGCUACCCAAAAAAUGCCUCAUCCACAGGGAAGGAUUAUGUAUAAUGAAACUAAGAAGAGGAGCCACCAGCACUGGUAGUGAAAGCAUUUUGGAGAGGACACUACAAUGCCACUGUCCUGAGCAGAGUCCGGGCUCUAGGUUCUGCCUUCCUCUUCUCCCAAAAAUGUGUAUAUUUUUGUAAUCCUCUUUGCUACUGGACAUAACUUCUCCUUUCUCUCCCAGCCCAUGGAGGAAGGCUAGCCUAGGUUCAUAGGUAUUGCCACUGGAAAGAUGAAACCUCCAAGCUUGGGUUAAGUUUAGUAAUUGGGAGUAAAAGGGAAAAUGAUACUGUUUUUAUAGAUGGAUGUCGGUGCUUUUUUUAGUUGGUUGUUUUUAUUUUUUUUUAAAUAGAUGGUAACAAUUCAGUCCCAUAUCCCAUUAAGUUAGAGCCCAGUGUGGUGUGUAGAAAUUAAAGGAACAUAUAUACAAAAUGAUGAAACCAAUAGCUUAAGGGGAAACAUAAUUUUGGGGGAAAAGCCUUUACCUGUAGGAAUGUUUGAAGAGAUGUAAAAUGAUCUUGUACUGUCUUACUGGCAUCAUCUUCAGCACCCUCCUUUCUAUGCAGACAAAGGGUCAGAAACAAAUUGCUGUGACUUAAGUGGAAUUCCACACUGUCUGUGCACAUGCUGUUGGCUAAUGGAAGAUGCAGUGUAAGGUAGAGACCACAGAAGUUACCAGACUCCCAAAGCAUCUGCAGGUUUCCCUGGUGCCAGGGAAGAGCUCAAGGGAAGGAUUGCCUUCUGUUUUCACUGUGUGUCUCUGGUGAACUGUUCCCAGACACUGAGUGCUGGCAGUGAUUGUUUCUCAUGUUCCCACCCUGGCAGCUGAGCUUGAGGCUUUAUCCUCCUGUGAGUGUUACAGGUCACCUUUAAACACUCUCCUCUUUCCUCGAGGCUUUCUCAUUUGGGCUUAGAUUCCCAAUCUCUGUUUGCCUGAUGCAGCUAGCUGUGUUAAACCAAACUGAAUGCACUGCCACUCCCUGAUGUUUCCCCAAGGAUACCUCACAGGCUGCCAUUCCAUCCUGUCUGUUUCUUGUAAACACUUCCAGUGAUGAUAUGAAGGCAAAUUCCAAGAAAACUGACCCAAAGGUUAUGGCAUUUGCAUGUAAUCCAAGCUCACCAAAGAGGAAGAAACAAACAUUUUAAAGAUAUAGCCAUCCUUGCAUAUUGAGUCAUAUCUGAAAAAAAUAAUAAUGCUGUUCAUCAAAGGUUCCUACCCCUUCCCCUGAAACAUCCAGUCAGUCACUUGGUGUUGGCUGUCACUGGGGGUUAUUCUUGUAAUUCCUAGAGGGAUGGUGCCACUUCUCCAAAGCUCAACCUUUUUGAAUGGAAGGAAACUGGUGCUUCUGACCAGGCUUUAUGGUUGUGUAUAUGCUCAGAGGCAUCAGAUCUCUUGAUUUCCUUCUGCAGACAGGGAGAGCCUCUGGCUGAGCUAUGUACCACAUUGGUGGUCUGUACAAGCCUUGUACCUCUGUUUUACCUGACUCCUGCAGCAUAAAGUUACUAAAAGAAACCAAGCAGAGCAUUUGCUUCAGGCUUGAGCUGAUGUUGGCCUGUACUUACAGCUGGGCCAUGUGGCUUCCCCUUCUCCAUGGGGAACUGCCUGUGCACAGCAGCUGCCUCAGGAGACCUCUUGUCUUGGGAGGUGGCAGCUCAGGUCACAUUAAAGAGCUGCUGAAGUCUGUGCUUUUGUAUUUGCAUUAACCCUGAGCCAGGGAGCAGAUGCUUGUAUUCGGAACUUGUACAAAGUGUUUAAACAAUUUCAAUAAAUGGACUUUUUUAAGGAAAAUCA